ACUCGGCCUUUUAUACUCCGCCCUUUUUCUCCCUUUUAUGUCUUCUAGUUUCGUCAGAUCUCUCUCUCAAAAACCGUGAUUACAACGUUCUGGUCAGGAAUCGGUGCGAAUUCUUCCAAAUAACGGCCGAUCCCGACACGGAUCGGCCCGAAAAGGUUUUGGAAAGUGUAAAAUAAUAGUGCAGAAAAUGCUCCUUUUCUUGAUUUGAGAAGGAUCCGUUCCAGAUAUAGCUCGAAAAGAGAAUUCCAGCUACUUUCUCUCCUCAAAUUCGCUAAAAGAAGCCAAACAAGAGUAGAAUUUUCCAAGAAAUCCAGGCCGUCGAAAUCAGAGGAGAGAUCAUGCAGCGAUUUUUUAGUGUUUUCUAUAACGUAUCGGGAAUAUACCGUUACGUUUCGGGGACGGUAGGUCGCCGGGCGUUACAUAAGGCUCCUGCGAGAAUGACCGUGCUCUUUGUCUGCGUCCUUUGCAUCGGCGCCUUUAUUUCCGCUCGCUGGAUCAAUGCUUUAAGCAGUCAGAGCCAGAAACUGAUGCCAACGGCCAAAACAGCAGUCCUCCGUCAUUCCUACAAACACCCCAAAGAGCUCCCGAAAAACCCCGAAAAUCUCCUUAGCUGUCCACGUGGAAACCUGACAAGAUCCUGCCCUGCAAACCGUCCAACACCUCCCAAAAUCGAAGAUGACCGUCCAUCACCAUCCUGCCCCGAGUACUUCCGUUGGAUCCACGAAGAUCUACGGCCGUGGAAGGCUACGGGAAUCUCAAAGGAGAUGGUGGAAAGGGCAAACAGGACUGCGAAUUUCCGGCUCGUGGUAAUAAACGGCAGAGCCUACGUGGAGAGGUAUCAGAGGGCGUUUCAGACACGUGACGUUUUCACGCUGUGGGGGAUUCUACAGCUCCUGAGGCGGUACCCGGGUCGGGUACCCGAUCUGGAUCUGAUGUUUGACUGCGUUGAUUGGCCGGUUGUGAAGUCACGUUACUAUAGGGGCCGGAACGCGCUGGCCCCACCGCCUUUGUUUCGAUACUGCGGAGAUGAGGAGACGUUGGAUGUAGUCUUCCCUGAUUGGUCCUUCUGGGGUUGGCCUGAGAUAAACAUCAAGCCAUGGGAUUCUCUGUCCAAGGACUUGAAAGAAGGGAAUGAACGGCAGAGAUGGAUAGACAGGGAACCCUAUGCUUACUGGAAAGGGAACCCUGUUGUCGCAGCAACCAGGCUAGAACUCCUCAAAUGCAAUGUCUCUGACACUCAAGACUGGAACGCUCGCGUUUAUGCACAGGACUGGAUCAGUGAAUCUCGGCAAGGAUAUAAACAGUCCGAUUUAGCAGGCCAAUGCAUUCACAGAUAUAAGAUUUACAUCGAAGGAUCGGCAUGGUCUGUUAGCGAUAAAUACAUAUUGGGUUGUGAUUCUCUUACUUUGAUUGUGAAACCUCGAUACUACGACUUCUUCACACGAGGUUUGAUGCCUGUGCAUCACUACUGGCCGAUACGUGAUGAUGACAAGUGCAGAUCAAUUAAAUUCGCCGUGGACUGGGGCAACAGCCACAAAAAGAAGGCCCAAGAGAUCGGGAAGGAGGCAAGCAACUUCAUUCUAAAGGAGCUGAAGAUGGAUUAUGUGUAUGAUUACAUGUUUCACCUCUUAAAUGAAUACGCUAAGCUAUUGACGUACAAGCCCACAAUACCUCCAAACGCAACAGAAUUGUGCUUGGAUUCCAUGGCAUGCCGUGCAACAGGAUUAGAGAAGAAAUUCAUGAUGGAAUCCAUGGUGAUGGACCCAAAAGAUGAAAGCCCAUGCACCUUGGCUCCUCCCUUUGAUCCUGUAGCCCUCAAAGUAAUGAACAGAAGGAAAGAGAAUUCCAUAAAACAGGUGGAAAUUUGGGAGAAAAGAGCUUGGGAAAGACAAAACAUUUAGGCUUUCGUUUAUUUAUUUAUUUAGGGUGCGUUUGGUUGCACCAAAUUAGAUUGAUUAAUCAUUAAAUAUCAUGAUAUUUGGUGCAACCAAACACAUCCUUAGUCUUUUUCUUAUAUGAUCAAAGAGACAAGGUUUAGACAUAGAAUUAAUUAGCCCAAUUGAUUAUUUGUAAUAA